UACCGAGACAGGGCAGGAAAAUAAUCGCUUUUUAGUACGAGCUGUUUGCCGGCUGCCUUUUCUGCCCUCUUUUCUCUCAACCUCCAUCGGCGAUUUCGGUCUGAUAAUUAUUCCGGCGAGGCAAUGGAAGGCUCCUGUUGUACGACCACCUCCUCCACGUCGUCUUCGAGCUCCGAUCAGAUUAAGCCGCCGGCGAAGAGGAAGUCGCAGCCUCCGGAGAGGCCGUUCAGAGGGAUCCGAAUGAGGAAGUGGGGCAAAUGGGUCGCCGAGAUCCGGGAACCCAACAAGCGCUCCAGGAUCUGGCUCGGAUCCUACACCUCCCCCGUCGCCGCCGCGCGGGCCUACGACACCGCCGUCUUCCACCUCCGGGGUCCUUCCGCCCGCCUCAACUUCCCCGAGUGUGUGCUGGAGGACGUCGCCGCCGGCGAGCCGCUCGAUUUGUCCGCCGCCGCCAUCAGGAAGAAGGCGACGGAGGUGGGGGCGCGGGUCGACGCGCUGCAGAGCGCCGCCGCGGUCGCCGCUGCGAAGCCGGGCGGUGGGUCCGAGAGGUUUCGGGGCUCCGAGAAACCCGAUUUGAAUGAGUAUCCGAGCCCGGAAAGCUCCGAGGAGAAUUGAAUCGCGAUUUUUUAUUUUUAUUUUUUUUAAUUUUUAUUUUAUCUGUGACUGUUCUUCAGUUUGUUAUAAAAUUAAAUUAUUAGUGGGUUUUGUGUUUUUAAUUAUGAAUUAACUUGCUGCUGUGUUUUGAAUUUAUUCACUUACUGUUACAUUGUAUAUACACAACCCAAUUAAUUUAUUCGAUAACCAAUUAAUCUUAA